AUCAAGCACCUAGGCAUGCAGACUGCUUCUACAAACAUUUGUGAAAGAAUGGAUCACUCUCCGGAGCUCAGUGAAUUCAGGCGUGGUACCGUGAUAGGUUGCCACCUGUGCAAUAAGUCCAUCCGUGACAUUUCCUUACUACUAAAUAUUUCAUGGUCAACUGUUAGUGGUAUUAUAACAAAGUGGAAGCAACUGGGAACAACAGCAACUCAGCUACCACGUGGUACGCCACGUAAAGUGACAGAGCGGGGUCAGCACAUACUGAAGCACACAGUGCGCAGAAGUCGCCAACUGUCUGCAGAGCACAACAACAGUGUGUAAAGAGCUUCAUGGAAUGGGUUUCCAUGUUCAAGCAGCUGCAUCCCAGCCUUACAUCACCAAGUGCAAUGCAAAGCGUCGGGUGCAGUGGCGUAAAGCAUGCCACCACUGGACUCUAGAGCAUGGAGACUGUUUUCUGGAGUGACUGUCUGGCAAUCCAAUGGAUAACGGUACUUGCCUAACUGUAUUGUGCCAAGUGUAAAGUUU